AUGAUUUAUAUUCGAAUUCGAUUAAAAGAUUUUAUGCUUCUAAAGAAUAGCAAUUUGCAGCCUUGAUAUGGUUUGAUUUUAAAGAAGCCAUCUGAACUUUUGAAACCAGUUGUUAAGCCAGUUGCUGCUGCAUUUGCGAGUGACGACGAUGAUGGGAUUGAGACUACGUCAUCAAGUAAAGUCACUUCAUCGACAGUGCGCUCAAAAAUGCAAGCAAAACGUGAGCACGAGAGAGCACUUGCUGAAGAUCCAACAAUUUUUGAUUACGAUAACGUGUAUGACGAAUUACAAGCAAAGAAAAACCAAAAGAUUGCAGAAAUCAAAGCUGCAGACGAGGAACGAAAGUCAAAGUACGCAGAGCAGAUUCUGGAGGCGCACAAAAAACGUUUGCUUAUGCAGCAAAGUCGAGAAGAGCGUAAACAACAGAAAGAACGCGAAGCAGAAGCUGGGCAAUUUGAUGAUAAGGAGAAAUUCGUGACAAGUGCAUAUAAAAAACAGCUAGCAGAAAUGGAAAAUUUCCGUUUACAAGAAGCAGUUGACAAUCAGCUUGAUGAAUUGACAGCAGUGGAAAAGCAAAAGAGUGAUGUAUGGAAAGGUGGCCUUUAUAGGACGCUGUUGGAUGAUAUUGCUAGAGAUAGUAGUACAAUCAAAAGAGAAGGAAAAGAGAUAAAGGAAGAGAUUAUAAGCCCAGUAAAUUUGCAACAGACAAUCGUAGAUUCCGCUGAGCAUGCUAAAAAGCUUUUUUCUUUGCGGAAAGAGAGCAACAGUGAUGGUAGAUUUCUGGAAUUGUCCACUGAUAAGCCGGUGGAACAGUCGAUAUAUUCUGAUAAUUCAGACGAAGAACAAGAGUUGAAUAACGCAAUAUCAGUAGAUCUAAAGCCUGGCUUAAAUAUUUUGAAACCGCAAGUGAAAAAACCAACAAGAGCAGAACAGAUUCGGCGGCAUUUCACGCCAUCUCCAGAUCAUUUAGGAGCAAGUAGCAGCAGUGAUGAGGAAUUAUCAAAGAGGCGGGAAAAGCGAAUGGAGAGACAUGAGAAGGGACACGACUGUGAAAGACAGCGGCAGGAAAAAAGCUCUGAAUCGCACAAAGAAAAGAAUUCUACUAGACAUCAUGAUAAAUUUCGUGAACAUCAUUCUAUGGAAAAAAAGGAACACAAAAAGUCUGAAGGGAAACAGGAAAUCGGAGAAGAGGAAAACCAUAAACUGAAGAAAAGAACUGUGAAAGAGAAAACUAAAGAAGAAAGACUGGAAAUAAUCAAAAUGAUAUUAGCUCAUCGAAAUGAUUCAGAAAAAAUUGAAGAAAUUCGACGAAGAUACCUCGAGCGAAAAGAAGAAAAAGUUGUCCCGCUGCCGUUGUAA